AUGAAUUCGCCACAUAGAUCAGUUAACCAUAAAUCCAACUUCGGAUUCAUUCGGGUCUUCAAUAUUUCGAUAUACACAUAUACACGUACAUCAUACACACACGUGGAAAAUGACGAUACACCUCUUUUGAUCAGUUCAAAAAUUAAAAGAAUACAAUUCAUCAAUUUACAAUUCCAUACAAGUCCACCACUCCGUAUUCCACCUGGUUUAGCCCUUUUGAUUCGACCUCUAACACGGAUAACUGCUCUUGUUUUUGGGCGUUUGUUUAAACGAUGGUGGGCAAAAAAAACACCAGAAGAAAGAGAAAAGCUUAAGAAAUGGUUUACGUCGAGAAGACAAAAAAUAUAUGGAAUUUUUGGAGCACUAAUGUUUAUGCUUACUAUAUUUUAUACAAUGAACAUUGAAAAAGAACCGUUAACUGGUCGGUCUCGGUUUAUAAUUUUGAAUCCAGAUCAACAAAACGUCCUGGAAAAAUUAACGUUCGAUGUUCAUAUAAAUACGCAUCGAGAGUUUAUAGUUCCAGUAACUCAUCCAGCGUAUGUAAGACUGUCAAAAAUAACUGACAGAUUACUUAAAGCUAAUCAAGAUUUACCUCAAGUUCAACAAAGACAAUGGACUCUAAGUGUUGUAAAUUCAGAAGAAAUGAAUGCAUAUGUUUUACCGGGUGGCAAUAUCUUUGUUUUUUUGGGAGCUUUAAAAAUGACACAAAAUGAUGACCAAUUAGCUAUUAUUUUAGCUCAUGAAAUCGCUCAUGUUCUUUUACAACAUCCUAUCGAACAAAUAUCAAGAAAUUUUAUACAAGAUAUAUUAUUAGCUGUUCCAAUUACAUUAGUAUGGGCAAUAUUUCCUGAUUUAUUGGCUCUUAUUUUACAAGCUGUAGGAAUUAAUAUGCUAGAUAUUUUUCUCACACUACCAUACAGCAGAAAAUUAGAAACAGAGGCUGAUGAUAUUGGGUUAAUACUUGCAGCAAAAGCAUGCUUUGACGUUCGAGAAUCUGUCGUUUUUUGGAGACUUAUGCAAAAACUUUCAGAUUUAAAUAUAACGCCCAAAAAUAUUCCAUGGUUAUCCACACAUCCAAACCAUGAAGAUCGAGAAAAACAUUUAACAACGAAAUUACCUGAAGCUCUUGAGAUAAGAACUAAAUCUGGAUGUCCAAGUAUAAACAGGACUACUUCUUCAUGGUUCUUCAAUUUACUAUCCAGUACAAAUCGUAGAGCUUAAUUUCAAAUGCAAUAAAUAAUUUAAUGAUUCGACACAAAGUAAAUCAAAAAAUCGUUAUCGAUAAAAUUCUAUUAUUCGACUAUGAUUUUUGGGUUACUUGAGGUCAAUAAUAUUCUAUGAAAACGGAACUUCCUGAAAUGAUGGAUAUUUAUGUAAUUUAAUAUAAGGAUUUCAAGUGUAUUGUAAAUGUGUUCAUAUUAUUUUACUAAAUAACACUUAUUUUAUCAUUUGGAUUAGAGCAGAUUAGAUAUAAUAUAUCAGAUAUAAUUUUUGAUCGGAUAUUUUUUAUUAGUGUAAGCCCAUUUAAUUUUUCAUUUUACUUUUAACAAUUCAUCAAACAUGACAAUAUUAAUAGCUCUUUCAUACUAGAUUAUUUGAUUUUGAAUAAAUUAUAAUAAAUUGCACACAAUGUAUAUUUAAU